AUGUUUCAGUUCAUCCAGAGGCCCAUCCACGACUACCUGACAGAGCGCAGAAUCCGCCGGACCCAGCUGGUGACCAAAUAUGGCCACUGCAACAUUAAGUUUGGCAACAUCAAGUACCACAACCACUUUGCCUUCCUGGUGGAGAUCCGCUGGUAUUCCGUCCUCCUCUUCAUUGCCUCCUUCACAGGCAGCUGGUUCAUCUUCAGCCUUCUAUGGCACUGGAUCGCCAAGAGCAAUGGGGAUCUAAUUGGACAGAACUUCACAGCCAGUCAUGCCCACUGUAUAGUCAAUGUUAAUGAUCUCACCAUGUCUUUCCUGUACUCCUUAGAGACCCAGACCACCAUUGGUUAUGGUGGAUGGGCACUCACCGGGCACUGCCCUGGCACCGUGGCCAUCAUCGUCGUCCAAUCCCUCAUUGCGGUCUUUAUCAACUGCUUCAUGUGUGGGGUGAUCCUGGCCAAGAUCUCUCUUCCCAAGAAGAGGGAAACGACAGUACAUUUCAGUGAUGCAGCGGUCAUCUGCCUGAACAAGGACCGCCUGUGCCUGGUGAUUCGAGUGGCCAACCUCCGUAAGACCCUACUCACCGGGAGCCAAAUCUACGGCAAGUUGCUUAGGACAACUGUCACGGACAGUGAAACUAUAAUUCUGGACCAGGUAGGCAUUGACUUUGCAGUGGACGCUGGCCAGGACAACCUGUUUUUUGUCUGCCCGUUGACAUUGUACCAUGUCAUUGACAAGGCCAGUCCGUUCUACGGCAUGACAGCAGACUCCCUCCAGCAGCAGAACUUUGAGCUGGUGGUCUUUCUGGAUGGGACGGCUGAGUCCACCAGCUCCCCCUGCCAGGUAUGGACCUCCUUCAUCCCCCGAUGGGGAUACAGCUUCCUGCCCAUUAUCUCCCGCGACAAGAUGGGCAAGUACCGCGUGGACUUUUCCAACUUCUCCAGAACCGUGCCGAUGACUACCCCACACUGUCCACUACUUUCAGAGUAAUUUAGGCCAAUGCAACAGCAACAGUAACCAAAACAACCACCACAAGAAGCUGG